UGAGGACACAGCUUUGGGGCUGGCACUGCACAACCGGAACCAAGGGCCGGAAGCGCCGGCCGAGACAGAGACAGUUUGAGCGCCGCACUCGGGAGCGCCGGAAGUGGGCUCCGAGAGCCCGGAUCGCGACCGAGCGGACUCAGGAUGGAGACGGAAGCGGUUCAGGGUCCCCGAGCAGCAGCUGUCGAAGCCUCUGCAGGCGCCGAGCUCGGGUCCGGGCUGGGAGGGGGCGCCCUGCACUGGGGGGAGCCGAGCGGGGCGCAGCCCGCCAAGGACCCCCAGAGCCGGGGCCCCGGCCAGGCCAAGGAAAAAGAAGAGGAGGAGGAGGAGGGCCAGGAGGACCCCGGCGUCCGGGCCAUGUUGCGCGCCGUGGCCGGCAGCCGCAUCCCCGUGCAGAGCCAGCAGAAAGAUGAGCCCGACUUCACGGAGAAGGAGAAGGUGGCCAUCCUGGGUCGCCUCUACCGGGACAAGCCCCUGGUCUUUCUGGAGAGGUUCCGGAGCAGCCUCCGGGAGGAGCACCUGGCCUGCUUCCAGCACCUGCGAGGGGACUACCGGGCCGACUUCUACUGCGCCGAGGUGCUCCGGGGAGGCGCCGGCCGGGACAGGGCCUCCCGCACCCGGCUGAGGAACAGGCGCUAUGCAGCCCUCCGGGAGCUCAUCCGGGGUGGGGAGUACUUCAGCGAUGAGCAGAUGCGGGCUCGGGACCCCCUGCUGUAUGAGCAGUACAUUGGACAGUACCUGAGUGACGAGGAGCUGGCUGCUCGUUCCCCAAAGACCCUGGCCCCUGACGGCUGCCCUCUGGCCGACCUGCUUCUGCAGUCCUACCAGGAGGGGGUGCUGCAGCGAAGGCUGUUGCAGCAGCAGGAGGAGGAGGAGGCCUGCCUGGAGGAGGAGGAUGAAGACGACGAGGACAACGAGGAGGAGGAGGAAAAUUCCGGGCCUGGGCAGGACGAGGAGGCCUGGGUCCCUGACUUGGAGGAGAAGGUCAUUCUGAGAGAGGAAUUCACCAGCAGGAUGCACCAGCGCUUCUUGGACGGCAAGGACGGAGACUUCGAUUACAGUAAGGUGGAUGACAACCCAGAGUUUGACAACUUGGACAUUGUGACUCGGGAUGAAGAAGAGCGAUACUUCGAUGAAGAGGAGCCAGGGGAGGCACUGACCACAGAGCCUGAUGACUAGAACUCUGGCCCAGACUUGUGCCCCGCCCCCACCCUAGGGGGCCGGGGCAGUGCCAUCGGCCCCCAGCAGGGAGCGCCCUCUGCCAGGCACGGACAUUCUCCCUCCCCUCCCCCCAACAUGACUGAGGAAUCUCA